ACGUCUGGAUGUGUCAGAGGGAGUCAGGGCGAGUCUGGACUGCAGGCAUCGUCAUUGCAACCAGGAUGCGCAUCAGCGAGACGAGAAGCCUUCACCUCUUUCCUACAGAUUUAUCACAAUCAAGCGCCUGAAAAUAAAAGGGAGAGCAACAAAGAAACGGCAGCUGCGCACAACGUGACAGGCCAGUUUUAAUCUCUUCUCUUCAAGCUCUUUCCGCUGAAACCCAUCGUUUGCCCCGACGCCAGCCCACCAUGUCUGGGAAGGAGCGCAGCCCCCGCCACCGGCCGUGGUCGGUCUACCGGGCCAACACCUUUGAUCUCUCAGCGGAGAUGAUGGGGCUAGCGCUCUCAGGCAGCAGUCAAGAUCCAGAUGAACCGGUUCUGGAGUUCAGUGUGGCCUGCAGUGAGCUGGUCACGCCCUCUCUGGACCGCAAGCCAACCAGCUUUGUGGCCGUCAGCUGCACCACACCGCCGCAGGCCUUCUGGACUAAACACGCCCAAACCGAAAUCAUAGAGGGCACCAGUAACCCCAUCUACCUGAGCAGCAUAGCGUUCUUUCAGGACUCGCUCAUCACCCAGCAAACUCAGGUCAAACUCUCUGUCUAUGACGUGAAGGAUCGAUCACAGGGCACGAUGUACAUGCUUGGGUCGUCCAUGUUUUCUGUAAAGGAGCUGCUGCAGGACAAACACCACAGACUGCACUUGACUCUAAGGUCAGCAGAGAAUGAACGUGUGGGCAACAUCACAGUCAUCGCCUGGCAAAUAGAGGAGAAGCGUGAACAGAGAGCACCAGUCGCAAGAUUACAGCGGGGGGAUACGGUCAAUGGAAGGAUGGUUCUCCCAGUGGAUGAAAGCCUGACCGGAUCCACGGCUAUUAAAUCCAAGUCUUCGUCUUUAUGUAAAGAUCCGAUGCUAAAGGCAGUUUGUGGAGGUGUGAUGUCACGGACGUAUCGUUUCCCAACCACGGAUGGAAACCACCUGCGCGUCCUGGAGCAGAUGGCUGAAAGCGUCCUCUCCUUGCAUAUUCCUCGACAGUUCGUCAAACUGCUGCUGGAGGAGGACGCCGUGAGGGUGUGUGAGCUGGAGGAGCUGGGCGAGCUCGCUCCGUGUCGGGAGAAUCUCAGGAGGCAGAUCAUCACUCAGUAUCAGACUAUCAUCCUCACAUACCAGGAGACCAUAAGUGACCUGCAUGAAUACAAAGGACCUUCGUUUAAGCCCAGCACCUUAAAAGCGGAGAGGAAGUUGGAAUUCAUUCCCACCAACCUGCACAUCCAGCGGAUGAGAGUUCAGGGAGAGACGGGUUACGAUUGGACGUAUGACGUCGUGACCAUAGGGGCUCCUGCAGCACAUCAUCAGGGCUUCAAAGGCUGCGGCCUCAGAAAACUGCUGCACAAGCUUGAAGAAGCCAGGAAACACACUUAUGAGGAAGAGAGCUCUGCUGGCUUCGGCUCGAAAGGAAUGACCUACCAGCCUCAGGAUGUCGUUAAAGCGAAGGAGCUGAUUGCUCAGAUCAACACUCUGAAGACGCAGGUGUGUUACUACACCGAACGUCUGUCCAGAGCCGCCAAGGAACGCUCAUCCAACGCUCUGGAGAGAACUCUGGCCAUCCUAACGGAGAAGACCCGUCAGUUGGUGACAGUGUGCGACUCCAAGCUGCUGUCGUCAGCCAUCGUUGCCCUUGCCGCCGCCCGCCCUCAGUUUUCGCAGCAAAGUACCCCGUCCCCUUCCUCCUCUUCCCUCUCACCUUCUUCUCGCUCUCCAUCCCGUUCCCCCUCUCGCCACCCCACCUCACCUUCCCGCCCAGCCACUUCUCCGUCGAGACACRCAGCUCCUCCAGAGGGCAGCGAAGGGAGCAAAAGCAAGCGAGCCUCGACGCACUCGGACUAUCAUGAGGAAGAGUGGGAGAAGGUUUGGUUAAAUGUCGAUAAAAGCCUGGAGUGUGUGAUCCAGACGGUGGACCGGCUGCUGCAGAGGGACAAACUCCAGAGCGACAGCAGCUCUGAGGACGUCUUUCUGCUCGCCAACGAAGUUCCGAGUAGCAUUAAGAAAGAAAGCAGUCCAGAAGUUGAAAAGAAAUCUCCAGGCGAAUGGAACGAAGUGCUGUAUCCCCUCCUCACCACCCUGACAGAAUGUGUGUCUCUGAUGAGCGACAAAGCAAAGAAAGCCUUGGUGUUUCUGCUGAUGCAGGACAGCGCCCCCACCAUCGCCAUGAGCCUCACUAUGCAGUAUCGUCGCGACGUUGUUUUCUGCCAGACGCUGACGGCGCUGAUCUGCGGCUUCGUUCUCAAGCUGAGGAACUGUCUCUGCGACUCGGGCUUCCUGCGGCAGCUGCACACCAUCGGCUUGCUGGUUCAGUAUGAGAGUCUGCUCAGCACCUACGGGGAGGAGUUGGCCAUGCUGGAGGACAUGAGUGUUGGCGUGAUGGACCUGAGGAAUGUCACCUUUAAGGUUACCCAGGCAACCUCUGGUUUCAGCCCCGACAUGCUGCCAGUGAUCACGGGGAACAGGACUGGGUUUAACGUCAGGGUUCCCGUGCCUGGCGUGAUGUUCGACACGUUGCCAAGAGAGAUCCAGAACGGGAUGUUGCUUCGGGUGCAGCCCAUCCUGUUCAACGUGGGCAUCAAUGAGCAGCAGACGCUGGCUGAGAAAUUUGGAGACACGUCGCUCCAAGACGUCAUCAAUAUGGAGAACAUGACUCGCCUCAGUUCAUAUUAUGACCAGUUCAAAGAAGUCCUUCCAGAAGACUGUCUCCCUCGGACCCGCAGCACCACCACUCUGCCCGACAUCCUCAAGCUGCUGAGUCAGAAUGUGAACGCCAAGAAAAGCAAAAACGUAGAAAUCCUGUGGCAGGCAGCCGAGGCAUGUCGCCGCCUGAACGGCGUCCGCUUCACCAGCUGUAAAAGCGCCAAGGACCGCACAGCCAUGUCCCUGACCCUGGAGCAAUGUCAGAUCCUGCAGCAGGAGCACGCCAUGGCGCCGCAGGUCUUCUACCAGGCCUUGGAUUGCAUGCGCAGUGAGGGCUGCAGGAGGGAGAACACCAUGAAGAAUGUGGGAUGUCGAAAAUAUGCCUUCAACUCUCUUCAGCUCAAGGCCUUCCCCAAACAGUACCGCCCCCCAGAAGGGACAUACGGGAAAGUUGAGACCUAAGUGGACUCAUAUUUGUUGGAACCAAAAAACAAAAAAACAUAUAUGAAAGACUGAAAAAUUAUACAUAUAUAUGUUUAAAAAAAAAAGACAACAAUAUCAAACAAAAACUGACACAGCCGCCCCUGGUUUUGUGUUUAGUCCGUGUUAGGAUAAUCAGUGUCCAAGUGCCGGUUCUGUUAGAUUUGUUUCAAAAUGUUUCCUCCCCCCAUCUUAGCUUUGCUACUAGAAUCACAAUUCACAGCUAAUGUGAGGCUUUCUGUGUCACAUUGUAGGCYGUGUCAUCAUGGCUGCACCGGCUGUAGCAUCUGGAGGUUUGCAGCCAUGCUGGAUCAACAAUAUUAUCUUUUCUGUCUAAAAAAUAACAUAAAAUGUGUUUAUAUGAGAGACAGGCUACAGUCCAGGAAAAAACUACAAACCACGGAUUUAUUYURUUUUWUUUUKUUGUUGUUAUUUUUUUAUAUUAUUAUUAUCAUUAUUUUUGUGUCUAAUUUAAAUAUUUCAGAAAAACAAGCCCAAAUAUCAUGGCUUUGUCUGGGGGRAAAAGUAAUCACCCCAUUGUUAAAUCAUAUAUUAACUGGGUUUGAAGAAAUUAAAACUGUUUUUGCUCCACUUGACAAACUCAGACCGGAUUCCUGCCUGACCUGUAAAAUAAAAAAAAAACCUACUGGACAACACAAAGUAGGCUUAAAUAUCUCAAAAGUAACAGAGCAUAAAGAAAACCGAGAGCAGAUGAGACAUAGACUAACUUUCAUCUAUCACCAUGGACAUGGUUACAAAAUUCUUUCUAAUGUUUUGGGACACUGGUAAGCCAUAAUGUGAGUUAUUAUCAACAGAGAAAAUAUAUAACAACGGAGAACCACCCCCACCAGACAAAGGGUUUUGAGUGGUCUAGUCCAAGUUCAGACUUAAAUCAGACUGCUGUGUGACCUCAAACAGGUCCUUGAAUGUGGCAGAAUUACAGCAGUUCUGCCAAAAAGAUCAGGCCRAUUUUUUUUUCYCAAAGAAAUGUAAAGCUUCAUUAGCACUUAAUGGAAAUGUUAUAGAGGUUAUUACGCUUAUUAGGUUUACAAGAGAUUUUCAUAAAAAUUGACUUUUUUUUCCUUAUUUGAUUAGUAAUAUUAUUAUUUUUUUUUUAAACUGUAGUUUUUAAUUUGUCUGAUAUUAAAGUCUGUUUGAUUACCUGCAACAAUUAAUUUUGAUGUUAAUAAAAACAGAAUAAAUCUGUUAGGGGAAAACACUUUUGCACUGUAUGGCACCUGUUUGUCCUUGUCAACACUGUUAUUAUUGGAUGUCAUCUAAAUAGCUGAUAUAACAACASACAAACUUUGUGUUCUUUUUUUACUUUCAACAUGCAUUAACAAAAGCCUUAUUAUAUCGGUUAUUUAACUUCGUCGCAGAGCCUGCUGACUUGAUUUGCCAUAAGUAAAAACCUGUUACUGAGCACAGUUGAGUUGUUUUAGAGAGGAAUUCCAAAACUGCAUAAAGUUAAUAGAGACAUUUUUUUUAAAAUAAGUUCAAUUAAGUUUGAUGCAUYUUUAGAAGCUUCAAAAAUGAACUCAAGGCAAACGUUUGGACAUCCUGAAGGGUCAUCCUAAUUUCUAUGCAAGAAAGAAGUCGUAAUAUUUUCUUAAACUAUGUAAACUUUUCAUCAUUUGCCUUCUGCUCUACUAUUUGAAAGUGUUUUCUACAUUUAGACAUGCCUUAGGUUUUAAAGUCGCAGUAUGAAAACCUUCUCUCGGCUCUAUUUAGUUGUAGAAUUGUGGAUUUAGAGUUGUGCUUUGUUGGAGCCAUCUUGUUUUCAUCUUUAUGUUGAAGCUAUAACACUUCCUGUAUUAGUGAAUAAUGGCCCAGCCAAUCACACGGCAGCAAUUGAGUUAAUUUGAACAUCUAGAUGUGGUCAAAAUAACUUGCUGAGCAUCAGAAUGGUUCCUGUCCAGAAGGCAUUUCUAUAUUGGAAACURGAAAAUUSCUAMGCUGCUUGAGGCCUUUUGUAGCUUUCAUUUCCUUUUUGUAUGAGAGGGGAAAAAUAAAAUUAUAAAGAGUUGACGUAUUUGUUAAGAUUCGUAAUUGGAAUGAUYUCCCAUCCAAACAGUAUGGGAGGUAUAUAUCGGUAUAUUGCUGUUUAUCGGUCAGUACUUGAAAUACGUUGAAAAUUGACAUGUUUUAUCCRGAAGGCAAAGUCUAAUUUAACUAAGGCAAUUCUUCCAUUGAUCCCAAUCACAUUUAGAUAUCUUUUUAGAUAUCUUCAUCCAGGCAUUUUUUUUUAUUUUCAGUCAAAUUUUACCUUUUUUAGCAACACCUUUACAGUGAAAUUUUGCUUCGGAAGUGAGUUUUCCUGUUUAAAUCGCUAUACGAGACAUAUCUCUGACAUGCUAAUUAAAGUCCAAACACUUUCUAAAAGUGAUCCAAUGUAUUAGAAAUGUGAUGUGCUGUUUGGUUUUAUUUCCAUUUUUAUUCCCAUUAUUUGUAUUGUUUGGCUCUUUAACUUUGUGCUUUUGGAGUUUGUCUUCUACUUGGUCMCAGCUGGCAAGAGUUUGACUGGUGGUGCACUUACUGUAUAUUAUGUAUUAAAUACAAACUACAGUGUAGAUCCACUUCUUAAUACUUAAUAAAUCUUAGUACAUAUUCCUAACCUUUUUGAAGGAAACAUUAUCUAGGACCAGCAUUCACAGAGUACAGGUGCAGAAAAGAUGGAAAUCAGAAAAUAAACAUUCUGUUUUUGAUCAUUUUGYGCUAUUUGCUCACAGUCAACAGAAAUUCAAAGUCACACCAGCAAAACUUGACUAGUAGACUGGAUUCAUAGCAGAUGUGUGAAGUAAAACUUUACCCAACACUGAGUCAGAUCAGAUGAGACGCUGUCAUUCAGAGAUGCUGACAUGUUCCACUCCGUUGUUUAUAUUAACGCAGCAAUGCAGAUGAUCUGCUUUGGUAUCAGCUCAGAAACCUUCCACUGGUCCUUCGCUGCACUGCGGGAUGAAAGCUGUUGAAGAAUUUAUUGGCUUUAUGUUUGUGCUCAUUUCUCUAACACAACUUUUUGUCACUUUUGACAAUAAGCACACAAAUAUUCUGGGGACCUUUCAAACAUUUUCUUUCACGAAACUGUUACAUUUACAAAUUACAACGUCUCAAUUAUAACUUAAYGAAUGCUAYGCUUUUGGAUUCUACUUGCAUGAAGAUUAAGUAUGCUGCAGCACAUUCAGCUUAAAUGUGUUGCAGUUGUUUUGCCUUUCAGAUUUCCCAUAAACCUGGAAACACUAUUAGCCUGAGUUACAACAAACACCAGUAACAGUUUCAUUUAUCAGCUCUGGCCUUCAGUAUAUUGUAUGUUUUCUCUGAGUGAUGGAUUGUAUUUUCAGCUAUUUCUUCUCCUUUAAGAGUAUGUUCACCUGUUACUGACCAAAAUAUGACCUUAUUUUAAUAGUACACGCCCACAACAAUGGCAGAGUGCUCUACCUACUGGGAAUGGGUUAAAACUGAAUAAUGAAUAAAGGACUGUUGAAACCA